AUGCUGGUCCUGUUCGAGGUCGCAGCCGGUUAUGCGGUGUUUAAGCUCAGCAACGAGAAGACGCUGAAGAAUGUUGAGAACAUCUGGGAGGAAUUCAAAACCGCCGAGAAGGCUCAAGAAAAGUAAGUUGUCCUGUUUGUUCACUUAUAUUAUAGUUCGGUUUCAGUCUGCAGCUGGUGUCUUUCAAAAAGUUCAAGACCACUGCUGGAGCUGUCGAAGCCGCUUCUGAAAUCACGGAAGGCAAACUGAGUAAGACUCUGAAGAAGCUUCUUAAGUCGAGCGUUGAUGAGACCGAAAAACUGGCCGUCGGCGACGCCAAGCUCGGAAACUUGAUCAAGGUUAUUGAUUGUAAUAAUUUACUUUUGCUCACUAAAUUACUUUCAGGAGAAACUUUCCCUGAACUGCGUCCAUGACAGCUCUAUCAACGAGUUGAUGAGAGGAGUUCGUGCUCAUAUUGAUGAGUUGCUCGCUGAGCACAAGGAGGAAAUGAAUGCCAUGAAUUUGGCUGUUGCUCACUCACUCGCUCGCUACAAGGUCAAGUUCAACCCGGAAAAGAUCGAUACUAUGAUUGUCCAGGUAUCUAACGUCCACAAGUAUUGUUUUUCUAAAAGUUUAUUUUGCAGGCCGUUUCUCUUCUUGAUGACCUCGACAAGGAGCUCAACAACUACGUCAUGCGUGUCCGGGAGUGGUACGGAUGGCAUUUCCCAGAGCUCGGAAAGAUCAUCCAGGAUCAUCAAGCGUAUGCCAAGGUAACGCUAGUGUUGAGAUAAAACAAUCGAAACAAAAUAUGUUUUAGAUUGUGAAGACUAUUGGAAUGCGUCAACAGGCAAUCAACACCGACUUGUCUUCUAUCCUUCCGGAAGAUCUGGAAGAGAAGGUCAAGGAGGAUGCUGAAAUCUCCAUGGGAACUGAUAUCUCGGAAAUCGAUCUCAUCCACAUCAAGGGUCUCUGCGAGCAGGUUAUCGAACUCUCGCAAUACCGGUAUGUUUCGAAAGUGAUCGAAAGUAAUGAAUAAAAUUUAUUUUCAGCGCUCAACUAUUCGACUACCUCAAAAAUCGUAUGACUGCCCUCGCUCCGAAUCUCACAGUUCUUCUCGGAGAGCUGGUCGGAGCUCGUUUGAUCUCUCACGCUGGAUCCCUUGUCUCGCUGGCUAAGGCUCCAGCUUCGACGAUUCAGAUCCUUGGAGCCGAAAAGGCACUUUUCCGUGCUCUCAAGACCAAGAAGGACACGCCGAAGUAUGGACUGAUUUAUCAUGCUCAGCUGAUCACACAAGCCCCACCAAAGAUCAAGGGAAAGGUAAAAAAAUAGCAUUUACUGAUUUCAAUCUUCACAAAAUUAACUACACAGAUGGCUCGCAAGCUUGCUGCCAAAUGCUCGUUGGCCACCCGCAUCGAUGCUCUGUCCGACGAAACCAUUAACAAUGAAAUCGGAAUUGAGUGCCGCGCUGCCCUCGAGAACGUCCUUAGAACUGAGUCGGAACGCGGACCAUCGAAGAAGCAGAACUUCGGAACACACAGACACGACAAGUACGAGUUCAAGAGCGAGACAUACGAGUACGACGCUGCCGCUGAUGCUCCGGCCAGUCGCAAGCACAAGCGGUUCGAUGACAACGAAAACACGAAUUCUGUCAAGAAGAUGAAGAUCGAAGAGGUGAAAGAGGAGGAGCCAGAGAAGAAAAAGAAGAAGAAGAAGAAGGAAGCCGAAUCCGAUGAGGAAUAA